AAUGACUACAUAUUCUUCGGCAACUUUGGAACUUUGGCAUGAAACCGAUAAAAGACAGCCAAUGAUUAUUCCUUGACAGCCUCUUGACACCAAACCAAUCGAUAGCUGCAAAACAGAGACAUUGAUUCAAUUGUUCGUCACACUUUUGGCAGCAGAGUGGCAUUGUUUCUUGGUGGAAGAGUUGCAUUCAACCCAACAGUGGAGCAAUAGUAUUACAAGACAGCAGAUACCACCAUGUCGGUCACUACAACCAAGACCGUCACGAAACAUUCCCACAGUAAUGAAGUACCACCACAGAUACCCUCUGGCUUUUCCAAAAUGGGCCCCAGCAUUGCUGGCUAUUUUGGUUGUUUGACAGCAGUUUAUGCGGCAAUUUACUUUGGAUACCUCGAUUCCGACUCGGUUCUUGGGUCUUUCAAGCCAUCCCCCGAGUAUUGCACAUCAUCAGAGACACCCUGCUCUCGAUCCGACCUCUUUGCGUUUCAAAUUUCCAGUGGAAUUGCCAUUUCCUUCUGUGGAGUACUGGGAUUUUAUACCUGGCACGUCAGCAAGAGAGUUCAUACGGCCCUGCCAGCCACUCCGGAAGGAAGACUCUUUGGUUAUCUACCCGAAAGUGAGCAACUGGCGGCCAUCAACUUUUCCUUUCAGUUUUGGGAUUUCUUCAUCUCGCUGCUCAUUCCCGAGCAUCGAACGCCUUUGAUGUUGGGGCACCAUACAGCAGCCAGUGUUGUAUGCUUUAUGUCAUUGCAACAUCAGAUGCUGCACUAUUAUGGAGUCUUCUUUUUGGGUGUCACCGAGUUUAGCAGUCUCUUUUUGGUGCUGAUCGAUCUGGCAAAAUUCUUUCCUCCCGAGCCAGAAACAACGUUUGAUACUAUUUCGGGCCUGUGUGGUCCCCUCUUUGCCGCCUCCUUUACCGUCUAUCGCGUAGUGUUAUGGUGGAAAGUCAGUCUGCUCCUGUGGCAGGAUUGCUAUCAUGUGGUAACCAAAGGCAGCUCGGACGCGUUACGUCCGGGCAAGAACUACGUCUUGUACAUAUUCCUCUUUCUGAAUGUACCCUUGGGACUUUUACAGCUGUAUUGGUUUGGUAUCAUACUCGACGCGGUGCGGAAUAUUCUUGCGGGGGAUGCAUAAUGAAAGUACUGGUCUUCAUAGAACUAGCUAGUAGUUUAUUCAUUACGGUAGGCAUCUGACGUUGUAGAAUUUCGGGU